AUGUCGCAAGACACGAUCGACGACAUCGAAAAGACCAUGGACGGAGAACGUGCUGCUGCGCCGCUAUCAGAGCUCAGUGUUCAGCCCCCUGUCGAAUCGUCGGACGCGGAAGGACAGAGUGGAAAAGAACGUGAGGGAAGAGAAGGAGACCGCAAUGGCCAUGAUGAUGAGGGCAUACCACUAGCAGAAAUCACAUCUGAGCCGCCAGUUGAGCGUGCUGAACCAUCGCCUCGACAACCCUCUAAGGCAGAACUCCCGCCACUGUCGGCGUGGGCAACGAGACUCUACACUGUAUCGUACCUCAUCUUCUUCGCGAUCUUCGGUACCCUGGCGCGUCUGGGUCUUCAGGCGCUCACUGAGUUUCCCGGUGCGCCUGUUAUAACGGGGGUAUUAUGGGCCAAUGUGGGAGGAUGCAUCCUCAUGGGAUUCUUCAUCGAGGAUAGAAACAUCUUCCGUGAAGAAUGGGGUCGCUCACCACCGGAUGCAGAUGUUUCUCAACAACCACGUCGACAAGCGUCUACCACUAGCCAAGAUAAACAAACGAUCAAGAAACACAAAACGGUGAAGAAGUCAAUACCGCUAUACAUCGGAUUGACAACGGGCUUCUGUGGGUCAUUUACCAGUUUUUCGAGUUUUAUAAGAGACGUCUUUUUGGCUCUUUCGAAUGAUUUAUCGGAUCCUUCUUUGGCUGCUUCUACUUCAGGAAAUGGGAUAGUUGACGGGCGUCCUAGAGGUGACAGCUUCAUGGCCGUUGUUGCUGUGCUAGCUCUCACCGUGUCUCUAAGCAUAGUCGCGUUCUAUCUUGGGGCUCAUCUGGCUCUUGCGCUCGAUCCAUGGAUGCCUACUGUUCCAUUCCGAUUCACUCGCAAUGUGCUAGACCGACUCGUCGUAUUCCUAGGCUGGGGAUGCUGGCUCGGCGCGGUUAUAAUGUCUAUUUGGCCACCGCACAACUCGUGGCGUUCUGACGCAUUAUUUGCGAUUGUCUUUGCACCUCUUGGCUGUCUUUUCCGGUUUUAUAUGUCGCUGUUGCUGAACGCGCGCAUUCCCGUUUUUCCUCUGGGUACCUUUGCGGUUAAUAUUAUCGGCACGGGCGUUUUGGGUAUGUGUUACGAUUUACAGCAUGUAUCAGGCAUCGGUGCUCCGACGCCGUCGUUAUACGGAUGGGAUCCGACCGCAUCGUCGUCGAGAGACUCACUCUUCCCUGGUAUUACCAGCGAGUUACAAUCAACUGCGCGGUCGAUCUUGGUAUCUUGUCAAGUGCUGCAGGGGGUCAUGGACGGAUUUUGCGGCGCGACUACGACGGUGAGCACAUGGAUUGCCGAGUUGACAUCCAUUGGAGUCGGGACCAAGUCGAAAAGACGCCGGUUUGCAUGGGCGUAUUUUUAUGCCGCUGCUAGUAUGGGCGUAGCGUUCGCUUUGUUGGUGGUUGUUAUGGGAAGUGUGCGGUGGAGUCGGGGGUUUGAUACGCCUUAUUGCUAG